CCCCCCCGCGCUGAGCUGCAACUGCCCAAUGCUGCCUGGGCGGCCCCUCCCUCCCCGUCGGAAAAGGUGCCGCCGCCGCCGCCGCCGCCUCCGGCAAGUCGAGCAGAGAGGAACUCCCUCUUCCGCCCCGUCCACAUCGCCCGCCCGGCCGCCCCAGGAUGGCCUCGCAGCCACCGCAGCCGCCCUCCCCGCCCGCGGAAGCGGAGCCCGACUGGCGGCAGCGCUUUGAGGAGCGGUGGGGACUGCGCCGGAGGGGGGUCCCGCUGCCCCCCGAGGAGGACCCCGAUGGGAAGCGCCUCCUCCGCCUGGGGGCCCUGAAGAAGCCCUUCGAGAGGAACCUCCUGCAGAGCCCCAACCCCGAAGGUGUGAACAUUUAUGAAGCAGCCCCACCCUGCCCACCCAGUGCAUCCCAGGUGCCUCUGGACCCCCAAGGCAACUUCAAAGGCUGGCAAAUAAGCAUCGAGCCCAUCCCUGAGGACAGCAAGCAAGACCCCCUAAGCUUGGCCUCUCCACGCUAUAGCUGGCGUGUCAAGGAGCAGCGCGUGGAUCUCCUGGCUGAAGGUCUCUGGGAGGCGUUGCUGGAUUUGUACCAACCCAACAUCACCGUCAUGGACUGGUAUGAGCACAGCAAACUGGCCAGCUCCGUUUACGAGCUUCACGUCCAGCUGCUGGGAGCCGACGGGACCCUGGUAAUUGGUGAAUUUCACCACGUGGCACGUGAACACGAGCAAGAUUUGAAGAACAAGAACUGGUUCCACGUUUCUCACCUUUUCAAGCACUACGGUCCAGGUGUCCGCUAUAUCCACUUCCAGCACAAGACCAAAGGAGUCGAGACGCCAGCUGGGUUCCUCUGGACGAGAGCAACAGACAGCAGCGUCUCUGUGCAGCUGCGGGACUGACAGUGCUCGGCAUGGUGACGUCUGGAGUUUUGGGGGGUGGGGCUGGGCCCAAGGGUGCAGGGGCCAUCUGCCCCUCACCCGGAUCCUAGAGGAGGAGAGAGACCAGCCCUUGAAUGGGGGCUGCUUGUGUAUUGAUUAAAAGGAGACAGAACCCUUA